UCAGGUGGCGUUAGGUAUUUUCGUGGUCUAGAAGUUGAUGAUGAAGGUCUAUGGAGAAUUGCAAAGUCAUGUCAUAAAUUAGAAUAUUUAAAUAUUGCCUAUCGCAUAGAGAUUACUGAACAUUCAAUUUGCGGUAUUAUUCGUUCCUCUCCAAAGCUCCAGCAUCUUGACAUUACCUUUUGUGAAAUUACUAAUAUAACAAUCAAAGAAAUUGCUAGUUUGUGUCUUAAUUUAAAAUAUCUCAAUUUGGAAUGGUGUGAUAAUAUUAGCAAAGAAGCCAUAAAUUAG